AAGUCAGUCAUUCAAGGCCGGCCCACUCUACCUGUUUGUUUGACGUGGACUUGUUUUCUUCAGGGAGUGGAAAAAGCAUUGAGCCUGCAGCAGGUGGAGCGUAAUAACUGCUGCGAGGCACUUCCUGGUUUCACUACCACGGUUUGUUUCAGCUUACAGGAGAAAGCAGUUGUAACAGUUAUGGGUGUGUUAACUCUUCGUCUUUUGGUAUGUGGCCAACUAAUAUUGUUUUCAUUGGUUGUGAAUAAUAUAACCUAUGCACAACCAAACAGUGAGUCAUCAACAAAAGAUUCACCUCUGACUGCAACAGGAAACCAAACAAAGAACAAUGCUUCAGAUUCAUCCAGCGCUUCAGCAUACAAUGGUAGUGCUACAACUCAAAACAACUCGACAACCCAGGCGACUACUAUUGGCAUCAAUAGUACUGUGGGACCCACCCAAAUCAAUGUAACAGUCACAGGACCGGCAGUGCAGCCAAACUCAACAACAAAAGCUCAGACAACCCAAUCAGGCACAUCCUUAACAAUCAACAUCAAUUCAACAACUGUCACCUCUACAGACAACAGCACUCACAGUAACAAUGAAAGUGCUACAUCAGUCACUACACCAGUGACCAAACCAACACCGAUUACUUCCACCUCUGUAAUUCAAAACAGCUCAACUUCUUCCAAUGAAUCUCAAGCAGGUGGUGGCCUGAAUCAUUCAGAGAAAUCUCUGACCAUUUUAUUCAGCAUUCUGCUCGGUGUGAUAGUUCUGGUAAUUCUGGUGAACUUUAUGUACAAGUACGGCAGAAGCAAAGAGAGAAGUAUCCAAUAUACUCAUCGCCGUCUCCAGAAUGAAGAUACAGGUGAGCCGUUUGCAGUGUCAGAUGACACGCUGGUCAUUUCAGGAGGACUCUAUGAUGGCCCUCAGAUUUACAACCCCACCAUGACAGUGCAGAACGAUGAAGAAUACCAGACAGACAUACCUGGAUUUGCUUCCAGAACUUCUCAGUUCCGCUUAGAGUUUCUGAGAGAGGAUCAAGACAGAGCAUUUGACAACGAGACCUCCACCUUUCAGACAUUCCAUGCACCUGACCAAGAGCCUUAAGAUCUCAGAAACAAACCUCUUUUUAUUAAAAAAACAAACAAAAAUACAACAACAACAAAACUUUCUGAGCUGAAAAUGUUACUUUUACUUGAAGCCUCUAUGAAAAAAGGCUGUUUUUAAACUGCUAAAUAAAUCUUUUGAACAAGUGAAAUUACUGAACAUAACAGAAAAACACAAAUAUAAAUGUAAAUACAAAGAUUUGUAACCGCAACAACUGUACCAGGAACAAGAUUCUUGAUAAACAUUGUAAGGUACUGUAUAUUAACUGAAUAAUACUAUUAUGUGAAAUUGAGUACUGAAAGCUAAGAAUAAAUAAUAUAAAUAUUUCUGCUGAUUCAAACACCAGUAGAAAUUGUAAUCAAUCAAAAGCAAUCAUAUGCACAUUUUUUUGUUUUUUUAAAAAGGAUAAAAUCACAUUUUUGAUGCAAACAGUUUCAAGCAAAGAUCUUGUCUGUUACUUUUUUUUUCUUCUUAUCUGAACUGCUAACAGUGGUCCAUCCAGCGUCUCGCAUUCUCUUCAUUGCAGCCAGUUUCAGCGCUGCUCCUGGAGACUUGCACACGAAAGAACUCUGAACCUGUACAUCAUUUGCACAUGAUGUCAGUCAAAUUAAGAACAUAGUCAAAUUUUGAUAAAACUGGUCAAAUGUGUUUUUUUUUAACCUUGAACAUGUCCAAACUCUCUGCAUCUGGGUCUUUUGGCUGCAUAGGUUUCUUUGAUUUAACAGGUCUUGGAGAGAAACUCUGCACACCAGAUUAAGAAAGAGUAACAAACCACAAGCACAAAUAAAUAAGCAGAGCACUGAAAAGUGUUUGUCUGUUUAUAGCACAAUACUAAUGGUAUGCGAAUUGAGUGACAGUAGAUACAAUUUACCAGUAUGUCAUUGCUAUCGGAGUUGUCUGACUUUGGGUCCAGCUUCAGAAUAUUUUUCUUCCAAGACCCUGUAACCUUAGGUGAGGGUGGUGUGCGGAUUCUGAAUGACUUGAAGUGGAAUAAAUAAACAAACAAAUAAACUGGCUGGUAUAAAUGCU